AUGAAAAUAUUUCGGCUGAAAGUGUUAGUCCGAGACCUGAGACUAACUGUUUGUGAAAUUUCAUUAUUAAUAUUCUUGUUUUGGGCCACUGUUUGGCCCAUAGUUUUCCCGAACUGGAUGUCGGGUCAGACCAAACAAGUGAGUGAUAAUGACAUUAUCAGUGAUAUCGAAAUAUGCAGUCAUGACUCAAAUUUUACUGCCGAUGACCGACCAGACUGUCCAUUAAUGGCACCGAAUUUAGUUUCAUAUUUCGAUGUUUUAACCAAAAUUGACAAUCAGUUGAUUGAAUCGAUUGCCGCAAAGUAUGACAUUAGGAUUGGUGGUAGACGUGAGCCAAGACAUUGUCGAAGUGGACAACAAGUGGCUAUUGUUGUGCCGUUUAGGAACCGAUGGACACACUUAUCAUUGUUUUUACAACACAUGCAUCGCUUCUUAAGCGAACAACUCAUUGAUUAUACGAUAUUUAUCGUCGAACAGAACGACACCAAAGCCUUCAAUAGAGGAAAACUUUUUAACAUCGGUUUUGUUGAAUCAAAUAAAUUGCAGUCAUUUUGUUGUUUCAUAUUUCACGACAUCGAUGUCCUGCCUAUGAAUCAAAAGCAACUCUAUUAUUGUUCACACACUCCAAGACAUGUUUGUUCUCAUUUGGAUAAGUUUCGGUUUGUUCUCAUAUAUCCAAACUUGAUAGGAGGUGUUGUAGCCAUUACUAAGAGUCACUACCAAUCAGUUAAUGGCUAUUCAAAUGGUUUCGAGGGCUGGGGUGCAGAAGACGACGACUUUUACAAUAGAAUUCAAGCCAAGUCUUUGAUAUUAACGCGAUGGUCGCCACACAUCUCCCGAUGCAUUAUGUUGAAGCAUAAGAGACAGAAACCCAAUCCUAAUCGUAAGUCUCUACUUGAGUCGGGAAAGUCAUUGUAUGAUACGGACGGACUUAAUAGUCUUGACGAUACAUAUAAAGUUGUUGCUAUUAAUUUUCAACCAUUAUAUACAUUAAUAAAAGUCCAAUUAUAAUAAUGUUAGCAAAAUUGAUAAAAUUUUAAUAUUUAUCAAAAUCAAUAUAAACAACUUAAAGGGAUAUUAUCAAGUGAUGAUCUUAAAAAUCAUAAAUACAAUAACAUAUGGACUGUAUAUAACAUUUUGUGAUACUAA